CAUCUCGUGUUCUAGCCUGGGGACUCUGGGCUACAGCUGAAGCUGUCUCAGGGUGCCCGUGGCUGUCCCGGAUAAACGCUAGCCAUGAGUCAGAACUCUCCCUAUGGCCCUCGGAGGGUCUGCGCUCCUGGAACCGGGACUCGGAGAAAUGAGAGUCAGGACUACCUGCUCAUCGACUCGGAGCUUUGUGAGGACAACUCCCUACAGCAGCCCUCGGGUCUGCCUCCCUAUGGGUACUAUCCCUGCAUUCGGGGCACUGACAACAGACUGGCCCAUCGUCGACAAACCAUCCUCCGAGAGAAGGGGAGAAGGUUAGCAAAUCGAGGACCAGCAUAUAUGUUCAAUGACCAUUCAACAAGUCUAUCCAUUGAGGAGGAACGCUUUUUAGAUGCAGCAGAAUAUGGCAACAUUCCUGUAGUACGAAAAAUGCUAGAAGAAUGCCUUUCACUUAAUGUGAACUGUGUGGAUUACAUGGGCCAGAAUGCUUUGCAGCUGGCUGUGGCCAAUGAGCACCUGGAAAUUACUGAACUUUUGCUUAAGAAAGAAAAUUUGUCCCGAGUUGGGGAUGCUUUGCUCUUGGCCAUUAGCAAAGGUUAUGUUCGGAUUGUCGAAGCAAUCUUAAAUCAUCCUGCUUUUGCUGAGGGCAAGAGACUGGCAACAAGCCCUAGCCAGUCAGAACUCCAGCAUGAUGACUUUUAUGCCUAUGAUGAAGAUGGAACCCGGUUCUCUCAUGAUGUUACCCCCAUCAUUCUGGCUGCUCACUGCCAGGAGUAUGAAAUUGUGCACACUCUUUUGAGGAAAGGAGCCCGAAUUGAAAGACCUCAUGAUUAUUUCUGCAAGUGUAGUGAAUGCAAUCAGAAGCAGAAACAUGACUCUUUCAGUCACUCAAGAUCCAGAAUUAAUGCUUACAGAGGUCUGGCAAGCCCUGCUUAUUUGUCAUUGUCUAGUGAAGAUCCUGUCAUGACAGCCCUAGAACUCAGCAAUGAGCUGGCAGUGCUGGCAAACAUUGAAAAGGAAUUUAAGAAUGACUACAAAAGAUUGUCAAUGCAGUGCAAAGAUUUUGUUGUCGGACUUCUUGAUCUUUGCAGAAAUACAGAAGAAGUGGAGGCCAUUCUGAAUGGAGAUGUUGAAGCGAGCCCUAAUAAUGGUGAUCAUGGGCGUCCAAGCCUUAGUCGUUUAAAACUCGCUAUUAAAUAUGAAGUCAAAAAAUUCGUAGCCCAUCCAAACUGCCAGCAACAGCUUCUCUCCAUUUGGUAUGAGAAUCUCUCAGGUUUAAGGCAGCAGACAAUUGCUGUCAAAUUUCUAGUGGUCAUUGCUGUGGCAGUUGGCUUGCCCUUCCUGGCACUGAUUUACUGGUUUGCUCCAUGCAGUAGGAUGGGGAGGAUAAUGCGUGGACCAUUCAUGAAGUUUGUAGCACAUGCUGCCUCUUUCACCAUUUUCCUGGGACUUCUAGUCAUGAAUGCAGCUGACAGAUUUGAAGGCACCAAACUCCUCCCUAAUGAAACUAGCACAGAUAAUGCAAAACAGCUGUUCAGGAUGAAAACAUCCUGCUUCUCAUGGAUGGAGAUGCUCAUUAUAUCCUGGGUAAUAGGAAUGAUAUGGGCUGAAUGUAAAGAAAUUUGGUCCCAAGGACCUAAGGAAUAUUUGUUUGAGUUAUGGAACAUGCUGGAUUUUGGUAUGUUAGCCAUUUUUGCAGCAUCAUUCAUUGCUAGGUUCAUGGCAUUUUGGCAUGCUUCCAAAGCCCAGAGCAUCAUAGAUGCAAAUGAUACUUUGAAAGACCUGACUUCUGUGGGAGACAAUGUGAAGUACUACACUUUGGCCAGGAUAAAAUGGGACCCAUCUGAUCCUCAAAUCAUAUCUGAAGGCCUAUAUGCCAUUGCUGUAGUUUUAAGUUUCUCUAGAAUUGCCUACAUCUUACCAGCUAAUGAAAGCUUUGGGCCUCUACAAAUAUCCUUGGGAAGAACCGUAAAAGACAUCUUCAAAUUCAUGGUUAUAUUCAUCAUGGUAUUUGUGGCUUUCAUGAUAGGGAUGUUUAACCUCUACUCCUAUUACUAUGGAGCAAAGCAAAAUGAAGCUUUCACAACAGUUGAAGAAAGCUUUAAGACAUUGUUCUGGGCUAUAUUUGGACUCUCUGAAGUGAAAUCCGUUGUCAUAAACUCUAACCACAAAUUCAUUGAGAAUACUGGUUAUGUUCUUUAUGGAGUCUAUAAUGUGACCAUGGUCAUUGUUUUGCUAAAUAUGCUCAUAGCAAUGAUCAAUAACUCAUUCCAGGAAAUUGAGGAUGAUGCUGAUGUGGAAUGGAAGUUUGCAAGGGCUAAACUUUGGUUUUCCUACUUUGAAGAGGGACGAACACUUCCUGUUCCCUUCAACCUGGUACCAAGUCCAAAGUCCCUGUUCUAUCUCUUACUCAAACUUAAAAAAUGGAUUUCUCAGCUGUUUUGGGGUCAUAAAAAAGGGUUUGAGGAAGAUGCAGAGAUGAACAAGCUUGGUCACAGUAAGCAAUCAAGCAUAAGGAGCUCAGAAGAUUUGCACCUAAAUAGUUUUAAUAAUCCUCCCAGACAAUAUCAGAAAAUAAUGAAGCGGCUCAUCAAAAGAUAUGUUCUGAAAGCUCAAAUAGAUAAAGAAAGUGAUGAAGUCAAUGAAGGUGAACUGAAGGAAAUAAAACAGGACAUCUCAAGUCUCCGCUAUGAACUUCUUGAGGAAAAAUCCCAGAAUACAGAAGAUCUAGCAGAACUUAUUAGAAAACUUGGGGAGAAAUUAUCAAUUGAACCAAAUCAAGAAGAAAGCAAUAGAUAACAGCUUUUAAAUGAUGAAAUUAAAUUGUCCACCUGAAGCCAUAUUCUUUACCAAAUAAAAUGAUACAAUAAUAA